AUGGAAGAGGACCGUCAGGAUAUCGGGAAGACCGUUUCUUCCAAGUACAAUGUCCGCGAGUCUGUGGACACCGUUUCCGUCGACAGAAACAGCGACAGCGACAGCAUUUCAAAAAGCGAAAAAAGCAAGUGGAGAAAAUUUCUCGAGGCCCUCGAAGUGAGCGAGCCCAACGACUUGACCACAGCUCAACGGUACUUGUUCAACUAUGACUUGAGGCCCGUCGAGGCGGCGAGAAGACAGUGGUCGUGGUACAACUAUGUGUUUUUCUGGAUUGCCGACUCGUUCAACAUCAACACGUGGAUGAUUGCGGCCACGGGAGUGCAGAACGGCAUGACGUGGUGGCAGACGUGGCUUUCUGUGUGGCUCGGAUACACCUUGUGUGGAAUCUUUGUGUCUAUUUCCGCCAGAAUUGGUGUGGUCAACCACAUUUCUUUCCCCAUCUCGGUGAGAGCGUCGUUUGGCAUUUUCUUUGCCAUCUGGCCUGUUCUCAACCGUGUGGUGAUGUCUUGCGUCUGGUACUCUGUCCAGGCCAUGACUGCCGGGCCUUGUAUCGGGCUCAUGUUGCGGGCCAUCUUCGGCCAGAACUUGCAGAACACCAUGCCCAACGGCAUCCACAACAAGAACCUCACCACGUUCGAGUUCUUGUCGUUUUUCCUCUUCUGGUUGUUCUCCUUGCCCUUCUUGUGGUUCCCGCCCCACAAGAUCAGACACUUGUUCACGUUCAAGGCGUACGUGGCUCCGGUGGCAGGCGUGGCUUUCUUGGUGUGGACGUUGGUCAAGUGUCACGGGGCGGGCCCUGUGAUCCACGAAAAGUCCAAGAUCCACGGCUCCAAGUUUGCGUGGGUUUUCGUCGAGUCCACCAUGAACGCCUUGGCCAACUUUGCUACGUUGAUCACCAACGCCCCGGACUUUUCUCGUUUUGCCGAUAAGCCCACCUUCUCCAUGAAGUACGUUGUGCAAACCGUUUCCAUCCCGCUCUGUUUCUCCAUCACGUCGUUGAUCGGCAUUUUGGUGAGUUCCGCUUCCACUGUGCUUUACGGCGAGACCUUGUGGUCUCCCUUGGAUGUCUUGGGCCGCUUCUUGGACGACUACUCCAGCGGCAGCCGUGCCGGCGUGUUUUUCCUCGGCUUUGCCUUUGCCAUUGCGCAAUUGGGAACCAACAUCAGUGCCAACUCUUUGUCUUUCGGUACCGAUGUCACGGCGCUCUUGCCGCAGUACAUGAACAUCAGAAGAGGCUCGUACCUCUGUGCUCUUUUAGCCUUGGUUGUCCAGCCGUGGAACUUGUUGUCGAGCUCCUCCAAAUUCACCACCUACUUGUCGGCGUAUGCGGUCUUCCUUUCGUCCAUUGUUGGUGUCAUUUGUUGCGACUACUACUACGUGAGAAGAGGUUACUUGAAGCUCACCCACUUGUACUCGCUCUUUGCUCCAGAGGACAGAAGCAUCCGCUCUUAUUACAUGUACAACAAGAUCGGUUUGAACUGGAGAGCGCUCGUGGCGUACAUUUGCGGAAUCUUGCCCAACAUUGUUGGUUUUGUUGGCGCAACGUCGGGCGAAGACAAGGUUCCUAUUGGCGCAAUCAAGGUGUACAGAAUCAACUUCUUCAUGGGUUUUUUCUCCGCCGGCUUGGUGUACGCUUUCUUGUGCUACCUUAGUCCUAUUGAAGGUACGCCUUCGGUCAAACCUUUCGAGAAGGGUUGGUUUGAGGAGUACCAAGAUGUGGAGGACUUUGAGGAGCAGUUGCAGGGCCAUAUCGUUCACGAGGGAUAUGAACAGAGCGAGGCUUACUCGAGUGGAGUGUUGAAAAAAUAG